CAGGUUACUGGUUAAAACCACCACAAGGUCUGGGAGAAGUGGGGAAGAUUUGGAGACUUGCCGGUCGGCGGGCAGUGUGGGGUCUAAAGAUGGACACUUGUCUUCGAAGGAAGUGAGAGGUGGUCUGGGCACUGGUCAGGGGGUGCAGGGCAUUGAAAGCACAAUGAGCUCCCCGCUGUCAUCCUUAGGAAAGUUGAGGAAAGUUCCCCUGAAUCUACCGCAGUUGCGGGGACACGGCAGACGAGUAGCUUACUUUGAAGAGGAUUCGUACACAGAUGAUGAGGCUGCGUUACUGAGUGAAAUCCUGCCUCCUUUAUCCUGGGCACACAAUCCAACUUCUUCCGCUCCUUCGCCAUCAGCAAGGUCAAAGGCAAAUGACUCGACUCCUGGUAACAGUGAGCUCAUGUCCGUAAUGACGAAACGGCUAACCAAGAUGGAACAACGGGUCCGAAGCCAAGCACAGGAGAUCAACAGGAAGAAUCAGCAAAUAGCUAUGUUGGAAGAAAAGUUGAGUGCGCUUCAAUUAUCCAACAAAACAACUGCUGAGUCCAAAAGACAACUGGAGGUAGAAAAAUACCUACAGCUACAGAAUCAAGUGUGGGAAAUGGAAAAGUUUCUGAAUGAUUACGGGAUGAUCUGGGUCGGUACCAAGAAGGAAGUGACUGGAAAUGUGCACAUAAAAGAAAAAGUGGAACCACCAGAGAGCCCUGACGCCAGCGAGCAAGAUCUGUAUCCAGGUGAUGCCCCCACAGGCUCUUUUCGAAUAGACUUCAGUUUGGUUCUACAAAAUCUCAGAGAUCUGAAUAUUCUGGCUGGUGAAGGGGAAGCUGCUGUCGAGCAUGUCACAGGAGGAGCUCGGCUAAAGAGACCAGACCCUGUCCCCCUCACUCUCUUCAAAAAUGGGAUUGUAUUGUUUGAUGGUCCAUUCAGGCCAUUCAGUCAGCCUUCGACACAGCAAUGUAUGCAGGACAUCAUGGAUGGGUAUUUCCCUUCUGAACUGCAGAGCAGAUAUCCAAAUGGAGUUCCAAUUAAGGUGACUGAUAGACGGGAUGAGAUCUACAGGGACAGGCGAAGAUAUGUGGAGUUUCCUGGUGUAGGACAGAAAGUAGAUGGACAUCAUGAUCACAAAAGCUCCGAACAGCAGGAUUUUGAAUUUGUAACAGAGACAAGUGAAGUUUCAGGCCAGAAGCUAUCAGUGGAGCAGUUUCUGAAUAAACUACCCAAAACCGUCAUCCGGGCUGGGAAGGUGUUUGACAUCCAGGGAGAGAUCAGAGCUCUGCUGCAGGUUCCUCCCAAAGCAGCAGAUGAGUCCAUGACGCUAAUCGAAACUCCCUGUCUCCAGGCACUGAAGGACAGGCUGGAGUUCAGGGCGGGAACUCUCCCAAUGCCAAGGAAUGUCUCCACCCUCAGGAUCAAGUCAGAGAAUGGAGAGAAGACAUACAUCAUUAAAAUGUUUUUCUCUGAGACAAUUGGAGACCUUCGUGCUCACCUAGACCAGAGCAGGGGAGAGCAGCAGUCUGCUUAUGACAUCAUCAGUACCUUCCCCCAGAAAGUCUACAGUGACCAGAGCAAGACGCUGAUGGAGUACGGACUGGUACCAAAUGCCACACUCAUCCUGCGACCACAAAGGUUCCAGAUCCUCAUCCAACAGCAAGAAGCAGUCACUCCUUGCAAGGAAUAACUUUCUGGAAUGAAGUCCUCUUGUCCAGACAAGGAUGAUUUAACAAGCUGGUAGAAGAAGCCAGCACUCUACCCACAAAUACUGAGUGGAGAUCAUAGCAACUAAAUCCAGUGUGUGUGGCUAAGGAGAAUCUCCAAAGUAUGUUAUCAGAAGUCAGCUGUAAAUGAUAGAUACAUUAUUAUUUCCCAGUGCAGAGAUUUACCAGCCAUCAGGAGCAAUGUUAGAUAUCCAAACUAGCCAAUCACUUGAUUAUCUGCAUUGGUAGUUCCCUGAUGAUACUACCGGGCAUUGGCCCAUGUGAAGAUCCCCUAUUUCCCCAUCAAAAAUGUACAGAAUACAGAUCUCUAACUUACCAAAAUCCUCAACCUGCCUAGCCUGGUGGGAAGCAGUCCACCUCCAGGCAGUUUGAAUGCUCUGAUCCUCACUUUAAACCCAGCAAUGGACUCAUCCCUCACUGACUACCUGCAGUUCCUCUUUAAAUUCAGGAGUUGUCAGACAGCAAAUGCUGAAAUAAAUUUUGUAUGGCAUUUAACUGUGACUAAAACACAUACAAUGGAUACUGUCCUAUUUUGUAAAAGCGAUAAAUAACCAAAAAGGAAAUGAUGAUUGAGGAAAUGUUUAGUAACAGCUGGGAAAGUUCACUCAUUGAGUUCUCGAAAAACUUCUCAUUUUAUCCCGGUGCUUUCUGUAAGGAGUUUGUACAUUCUCUCCGUGACUGUGUUGGUUUCCUCCAGGUGCUCUGGUUUCCUCUCGCAGUCCAAAGACGUACCGAUUGGUAGGUUAAUCAGUCAUUUGUAAAUUGUCCUGUGAUUAGGCGAGGGUUAAAUCUGGAUUUGCUGGUGCCGUGGCUCGAAGGGUCAGAGUGCCUAUUCCACACUACAUCUCAAUAAAGAAAUAACAGAGUUCAAUCCAAUAUGGCAGGUCAGAGAUCCCACUUAAAGGGACAAAUCCAGAGGAAAAAUACACAUGUUUGAAUAAGAAUAGGAGAUGCCAGGAUUCUGCAGAACCAAAUUUUAAUGAAGGAUCUUUGACUUGAAAGAUUUUUCUUUUUUGCUGCCUGACUUGUUGAGCAUUGCCUGGAUCUUCUGUUUUUAACUCAGCUUUGCAGCAUCUGCAUAUUCAACUUUAAGUUUCAUGUCACCUGACUGUACGUGUAUACAACUAAACAAAACAAAGUUCCUCCAGAUCAUACAACAUAUAUCACAUACAGCACAUAAACCAAAAUAUUGUACUAUAAGUAAGUUAAUAGAAUAUGUUUCAAAGUGCAGGUAAACAGUAAGCAGCUCGCUGUCCUAGUGAUGAGAUCUCGGUGGUAGGCACUCAUCUCAGAUACUAGGCUCACAACACAACUCAGCUGAAAGCUGCAUGCUCCAUCCAUUGAAUCAUAGCUUCUUCCUUUGGAGAGCAAUCCAAUUAGUCUCAUUCAGCUUUUUUUUAAACUCCUCAUCUCUACGAUAUUUUAAAGUUGUUAAUCCAGGUCUCUAAAGCUAUUUUUUGACCUGUACUCACCAACCUACUAGGCAAUGCAUUCGAAAUCCCAACCACCGAUUACAUUGAGAUUUUGCAUUGAAAUAAAAUAAUCUGCAGGUGCUGGCAAUCAAAAUGUCAACAAAAUGCUCAGCAAGUCGAGUAGCGUCAACAAGAAGAAAACAGUUAAGAUUUCUGGUUGAGGAAAACAAGUUAGUUUUAAGUUGCAGAGAGGAUGAAGGAAGGAGUGAUAUGAUGAAGGGAAUAGUUGUGAAGGAUGGGCCACAAUUGCCAUGGCAAUAAAUAGUUGAUGGAUCUAUCUAUUUGAUAAGUUAGGAAACAGGAAAGAUAUUUUUCUUUGAGAGCUGGGUGCGUUUGUAACUCUUUCUGAAGGAGAAUUGGAAGCGGUAUCGAUGUAAAAACAGCAAAUUUCAGAAACAAUUUCAGUAUAUCCAGGGAUAUCCUUCAGCCCUUGAGAGGCUGGACAAACCGGGGUUGUUUUCUCUGGAGAACUGGAGGCUGAGGGGAGAUCCGAUACAGGUUUAUAUGACUUAUGAGAGGCAUCGAUAGAGUAGAUAGGGAGUAUUCUUCCCAGGUAGAAAUGUCUGAUACCAGAGGGCAUGCAUUGAAGGUGAGGGGGGUAGGUUCAAAGGGGAUGUGAGGGGAAAGUCUUUUAUUCAGAGAGAAUGCGUUGCCUGGGAUGGUGGUAGAGGCAAACACAUUAGAGUCUUUUAUGAGGCAUUUAGAUAGGCACAUGAAUAUGAGGAAGAUGGAGCGAUAUGGACAUUGUGUUGGUAGGAGGGAUUAGUUUUGGGGAGUUUUUAGCUGGUUCGGACAUUGUGGACCGAAGGGCCUGAUCCUGUACAACAUUCUGUGUUCUGUCCCCUGAACUAUCUGAAUGAACCAUUCUCACCUGUUCCUGUACAACAUUCUGUGUUCUGUCCCCUGAACUAUCUGAGUGAACCAUUCUCACCUGUUCCUGUACAACAUUCUGUGUUCUGUCCCCUGAACUAUCUGAAUGAACCAUUCUCACCUGUUCCCCUGCAACAUUCUGUGUUCUGUCCCCUGAACUAUCUGAGUGAACCAUUCUCACCUGUUCCUGUACAACAUUCUGUGUUCUGUCCCCUGAACUAUCUGAGUGAACCAUUCUCACCUGUUCCUGUACAACAUUCUGUGUUCUGUCCCCUGAACUAUCUGAGUGAACCAUUCUCACCUGUUCCUGUACAACAUUCUGUGUUCUGUCCCCUGAACUAUCUGAGUGAACCAUUCUCACCUCCCAUGUCUUUCUCCCCCUAAACUGUGACGUGGAGAAUGAGGCGCAAUGUUGCAGUUGGGCUUGAAGUGAUAUAGUCUAGUAAACCUGCUUACAUUUUUUACGGUGUAUUUUUACUCAAUGGAUUUGUAUAUAGAGCCAGCAUUUGUGAUGAUUCUGGACAAGCAGGGCAUGUAUCUGUUUGAAUUUAGAAGAGCAAAAGAGCCUUUGAUUGCAACAUAACAUCUGGAAUACAGACAAUCUGGAUGUG